AGAACACACACUUAACAUUCGCAAAGUUAUUGCUUGGACCUUUAGUAAGCCUAGCAUUUGGUCACAAACUGUUCCUGAAUCAUUAUUGACCAUGGACAUCUUUUCGUUGACGCCGGAGGAGUUCGUCGAGACAGUUGGUACAGGGACCAUAGUACACAAUUCAGGUGAUCUCUUCGGCGAUCAUCUCAGAGCUGUGCAGAAUGUGCUGAGGGAUUGGAACUUGGGAAAGGAUUUGGAGCUUGCAGGCUUAUUUCACUCAAUAUACGGCACUGAGGGAUUUCAGGACUUCCAGCUCAGUCUUGACAGGCGUGAAGACGUCAAAAGGCUCAUUGGAGAGCGGGCAGAAUUCUGUGCCUACUGCAAUUGCGUCAUGGACAGAGCCACUCUGGAUGCCACCCUUUCUGCACCUGCUGGGGAGCAUAAGAUAAAGGCGCGGCCGGAUGUUGGUGGUCAUGAAAUCGCUUUGACGGAUGAGCAGCUCCAAGAUCUCAUCACAGUACACCUGGCGGAUUGGCUGGAGCAGGUGGAGAGGGAAGCUGCAAAGGUGAAUGAGAGGCAUGGCUGGUUGAAGGAGGGAGACGCCUGGGGUUACCGCCGCAGUGCUUACAAGCAGAUGGCAGAUUUUCUAGGUGGUCCUGCCCAGGAAGCAUACAAAGCUGUUUUUGCACGUGAGCCCCAGAGCACGCGGCACAUUUCUCAGAUCUACACGCCCAAGCUGCAGGCGCCAAUCACGCCAAAGAUCUAUAUCCAGUGAUGACGUCUUGACGCGGCCCUUGGUGCAGACUUUCCAAAUAUGCAGUCCAAGGAAAGGGCUUCCAUGCUGCAGGCGCCUACUAGGCCUGUAGUACAGGCCUACAGCCGGCAGUCUGCAUGAAUGUCUUUCCGGUGUAGAUUGAGUCUUAAGGCAAUGUGUGCGCCCCCACAGUGCCUGAGGAUCUUACUGCAGCCUAUUGGAAUGUCAGGUCCUUUGGAAUGAAGGAAGGAAGG